AUGGGUAAAAAUACACCACCACCAGAAAGACUAUUAGGUGACUAUGGGAUGGCAAAUGCAUCGAGUGGUAGGCUAAUAAUUGUGAAUCAACUGGUUAAUAUGCCUAACUUUCAGCUACAUCCCAACACUAUUAAUCAACUUGAGAGGAGACCUUUUUCAGGAAAAAUCAACGAAGAUGCAAAUAAACAUUUACAAAGGUAUCUGACUAUGAGCACCACUCUAAAGAUAGAUGGGCACACUGAAGAAGCAAAAAAGUUGAGAAUGUUUCCUUUUACCCUAUCUGAAGAUGCAGAAGAAUGGUUUUACUCAUUCCCUGCUGGGAGUAUUACCACUUGGGAACAAAUGGAAACAACUUUUCUGCAUGAGUAUUUUCCAGCUUCAGGUUUCUUCAAGAAAAGAUACGACAUCAUGAACUUCAAACAAAAAGAGGGUCAAUCACUUGGUGAUUCAUACAAGAGAUUCAAGAGCUGGUGGCUCAUCAAACAUUUUAACACCAUAAGUAUUAAAAAGAUCAUUGAGGCAAUAACUGCAAAUGAGCAUUUGGAGUUGUAUGAUAAGUGUUCAAGAAAACAUGAAAGGGUUAUUGAUUUGAAGCUUGAAACAAAUAAAAUAAGGAUUGAAGACACAAUUGUUGUAGAAGUUGGAAAAAAACUUAAAGCAAUGAAUAUUGGUACACAACAGGUAGCUCAAAUUCAGCCAGCCCAGAAUGUUAGUUGUGAAAUUUGUGGCAGACCUCAUUCAACUGUAUACUGUGUUACAACUACAAAACGAAUAGAGGGGGUAAAUUUUUUGAGGCAGAACAACCCUUAUUCUAACACGUAUAAUCCAUGGUGGAAAAAUCAUCAUAACUUCUCCUGGAAAUAUCAGAAAGGGAAUAUUCAACAACAUGGUCAAGGUCAAUACCAUAAUCAGUUUCAACAACCACAACAACAACAAGCUCCUAAGAAAGCAGAUUUGGAAAUAGACAUUGAAAAUAUUGCAACUCACAUUAUUCAAUUCAAAGAAGAGACCAUAAAUAAUCAGAGAAACACCACAUCUUCUAUAAAAAAUCUUGAAGUUCAAAUGGGACAAAUAGCACAACAACUAGCCGAUUCCCAAACACUAGGUACACUAUCUAGUAGAACUGUGAUAAAUCCUAGAGAACGUAAUAAUGUGAGUGUUGUUGUGACCAGAAGUGGUAAGUCUGCUAGGUGUUCUGAGAAUAAACAAGUGGAAGAAGACAAGUUGUUGGAAGUGGAUUUAUAA